GGGGUUGGCCGUCGUCGCGAGUCAGCGAUUUUAAUCGGUUUUCGGUUCUUCCGCCUGUGACCAUGUCGGCCGAGAGGUUGGUGUCCGCCCGCGGGGCCCGCAUCGCCGCCAACCAGGGCCUCCUGGCCAGGGGCUUCGCCAUGUACACCAGGGACCCGUAUGAGGAGCUCAGCAACCCGCAGGGCGUUUUGAAUUUGGGAACCAGCGAGAACAAACUGUGUUUUGAUUUGAUAGAAAAACGGCUCACCAGACCUUCUUGUAAGAAGUGCAUUGCUCCUCAUUUGUUACAGUAUUCCAAUGUUCAAGGCACUGAGAGUUUCAGAGAAGAAAUUGCCAAGUUUCUCACUGAAUAUGCCAGAGCUCCAAAGGCAUUGAAUCCAGAGCAUAUUGUAGUCAUGAAUGGAUGUUGUUCCAUCUUUGCUGCACUUUCUACUGUUUUAUUUGAUCCUGGAGAUGGUUACCUUAUUCCAACUCCAUAUUUUGGUGGUGUGAAUCCUGACAUGUGGCUAUACGGGGAAGUUCGGCCUGUACACGUACCCUUGGAUAGUAAGGUGUCAGAAGCUGAAAGUUGUCCCUUUCAGUUAACAGUGAAAAAACUGGAAGCUGCAUUGCAGAAUGCCAUGGAGCAGGGCAUCAGAGUCAGAGCUUUAAUCCUGAUCAACCCUCACAAUCCGUUAGGGGACAUUUACCCUGCACACUUACUGAAAGAGUGUCUAGACUUUGCGCACAGACAUAAAUUGCACGUCAUAGUGGAUGAGAUUUACAUGUUGUCGGUAUAUGAUGACAGCACCUUCACCAGUGUUCUCAGUUUGAAUCCACCAGACCCAGAAAAAAUUCACUUUAUGUGGGGAUUUAGUAAGGAUUUUGUCAUGUGUGGGAUGAGAGUUGCAGCUUUGCAUACAAGGAAUGAAGAGGUCCGCCUGGCACUUAACCAAUUGGCCAGUUUUCACAGCUGCCCUGGACCAGUUCAAUACAUUCUGAGCCAGCUAAUUGCUGAUCGAGAGUGGAUAAACAAAACAUUUUUACCAACAAACCGAAGGCGACUGAGAGAAGCUUGUCACAUUCUUGUUGACGGUCUGACUUCACUUGGAAUUCCAGUUCUUCGGAGCUCGGCAGGGUUAUUUGUUUGGGCUGAUUUUAGAAAAUUCCUGGUUACUCAAACCUUUGAAGCUGAAAUGGAACUCUGGUGGAAAUUCAUUGCCGAAAAGCUCUACAUCAGCCCUGGUGGAGCUUUUUACUGUUGUGAGCCUGGGUGGUUCAGACUGGUGUUUUCAGAUUCUGCUGACAAGAUACAUUUGGGGAUACAGAGACUGGCGAUGAUCUUACAAGCUUACGUAUCAGAAGCUACUCCUUUGGACGAUCAAGGCAAAGUUACCCUAGCUUUGGACUCUGUCAGUACAGAUUCAGACAGUGAUUCUUCAGAUGAAAGAACAAACUCGCUUGAAGAAAUAUCAGAAGAGUCACAAUGACUAAGAUUAUUGUUUGCUAAUGACAGCUUUUACAAACAUUGGACUAUCUUGAAAAUAUUUGUCAAACAUUAAUCCAUUAAUUGUAUAUUAAUGGGAUAUUCAGCUUAGCAUUGAAGCAAAUGCCUAUGCUUUCUGGAUAUAAUGGAAAAAGCUUUCUGUGAAAGCAUUCUUUUUUCCUUCCUGAACAGUCAUUGAAUAUCGUUUGUUUAGGGUAUAUGCAAGUAAGAUAAAACAAGUAUUUAGUUCUUGAAUGCUAGAAUCACGUCUGCAUGGAUGUUUUUACAAACCAAGCAAUAUUUUUUUACUUUUGUUUGAAGUAACUACACUGUUUCUAGUAGAAUGACUGAGUUGGGAACAUUUGAGAUUUUUGGAAUGGAAUUACUUUGGGGUAAAAAUUUUAAAUUUUAAUUGUCUUAAAUGAAAUGACUUGUAAAAUUCACAUGAUUGGAUGACAGCCAGUUUACCUAUGUAUAAUGUGCAGAAUGAAAUCAUUUGUAGUUUAAAUGCUUGCAAGAAUUGAUUAAAAUCACUUUAUAAAAGUACAUUAAAGUGACAAUGAUGAACA